AUGUCACCCUACGGAUUGGUAUUUGGAAAAAUGUGCCACCUGCCUGUGGAGAUAGAGCACAAAGCAUAUUGGGCAGUUAAGGAAAUGAAUAUGAAGGCUCAUGCCUGUGAAGAAGAGAGGAAGAUGCAACUGCAGGAGCUAGAGGAAUUGAGGCUGGAGUCAUAUGAUUCAGCCAUGUGGUAUAAGGAGAGGACCAAACUCUGGCACGACAAAAACCUUCGGGUCAAGGAGCUGCAGGUCGGACAUAAAGUACUCCUUUUUCAGUCAAAGCUCAAGCUCAUGCCUGAAAAGCUGAAGUCCAAGUGGAUAGGGCCUUACACAAUCGUUGGCAUUUGA